AUGAGCUGCCGCGGGGGAGGGGGCGGGGAGCGGAGGAGCAGCUGCGGCGGCUUCGGGGAGUAGUUGACUUCGGGCGUCUCCGAGGGCCGUGGGGACCUCGCGCGAGCCGCAGCCAGGGCCGCGCCACCUCCAGCUCACGCUUUCCCCGUCGGUGUCCGCCAUGGCAGCGCGUCCGUUCGCCGCCGGCCUCUGCGCGCCGUGGCCCCGGCUCGCCGGAGCGAUGAGGCGGUAGUGGCGCCUCGCGGCCCGCUCCUCCCGCGACUCGGUCGCCGCGGCUCGGGGGGCAGGUCUGCGGGCCGGCCCCGCCGCGGUCCGCCCCCGCACCGCCCAGUCCCGCCCCCUGGGGGCGCUGCCCUCGGGCGCCCGCCACCCAUGCCGCCCAGCCGCUCUGCCGCCCGCCGCUGAGCCCGCGUCCACCCUCCAGCUCUCAAGAUGUGGCACAACGUGGGGCUGACCCUGCUGGUGUUCGUGGCCACGCUGCUUAUCGUCCUGCUGCUGAUGGUGUGCGGUUGGUAUUUUGUAUGGCAUCUAUUUUUAUCUAAAUUCAAGUUUCUACGGGAACUGGUGGGAGACACAGGAUCCCAGGAAGGAGAUCAUGAGCCUUCAGGGUCUGAAACAGAAGAGGACCCUUCAGCUUCACCACACAGGAUCAGAUCUGCUCGCCAGAGGAGGGCGCCUGCUGAUGAAGGCCACUGACCAGACACCUGCUAUACUAGAAUAUGGUCUGAGGCAGUUACGAGCCUCUGUCUUUAGUGACCUAGCUUUGAAAGUUACUAAGUGACUGAGGAACAUUUGUAAUUGGAUUUAUAUCCAGUUCAAAAAAGAUUUACAUGUAAGCCAUAUAGAAAUAAAGGGAAUUUAAAUCAAAUUGGA